AUGAAAUCAAAAAGCUAGCUUUAAUCGGAUGAGGACGUAGAUACUCUGGGUUCCUAUACAUCGAUGACUUACGAUGAUAAAACAAUGGAAGUUGUAUAGUACAGAUAAGAGAACUUCUUUCAAUUCGGAUCUUCCAUAUUGGCAGUAAUUUACAUGGCCAAUACUAUGUUGAUCCCGAAUAUGAACUAACUGUUUAUUGAUGUUUCUUUCGAUAAUCCUUUAGUAAUGGUUGUUUCAGUGAUCAUGUAUUGGUUGCUAUCAUUUUUAAUUUUGAUACCAUGCUAUUUAGUUAUCAAAGUAUGCAAACAAGAAGGUAACCCCAUAUAUGCCUAUAUAAUCAAACAAGAUUCAAUAAAAAUCUACAAUGUAUUCAUCUAUAGUAAUUUAAUACUAAAUACACUUGGAUUAUUUAAUAUUAUUGUUAGAUUGGGAGACAGUUUGCCUAAGGUUAAUCGAUGGUUUUACAUUGAGUUCCAUCACCUAAUGGCAUCAGAACAAGCUGAACUGUUCUUCCCCACAAUAAUUUGCUAUACAGCAGUAGUGUUAACAUUAUUUUAUGGGUUUUAUAAAUGUUCUUACUUUGAGCAAUACUAUGACAUUCAAUAUAGACUUAUCAUAUCAUUUGUAGGUAAAAUUUUAUUGAACACCCUAAUCUUCUUAUUGAUAUACUUUGAAGUACCUGAUGCAAGUUAGGAAUACAUAUCGAUGGAUGAAAAGUAAAUACUUUCAUAUUCUAAUAUAGUUUAUUUAAUUCCGAUUUUUCGAACAGCGCUACAUAAUGGAUAACUUAUUGCUUUAACUAAAUUUGUUGUAUUUCAUAUCCUUUCUUUGAAGUGUUCUAUCUAAAAAGAGAAACCAAAAAGGGAUACACUAAGGUUCAACAAUGCUAUUGGAUAUAAUUGUUGUUGAGAUCUCUAAUAUUUUUUUAUUAGAUCACGACCUGGGGAAUCAUCAUCAGAUAAGAGAAAAUGAAGUAUUACUAUUAGCCAUUGCUGUAAUCCUUAAAUUCAUUGAUGAUUUUGCUCAUUUCCAUGUCCAUAACAUCAAUUUAUUCACACAAUUACACAUUGAAUAAGGAAAUAUUAGAAGACAACAUUCAAACAGCUACUGAAGAUGAUAAUAAGAAAUAGAUUAAGGAGAUCUAUAUGAUUGCAGCUGGACUCUUCGUGAUUGAGAUAUCCAUUUGCAUCAUUUGCAGAUUUUUUAUUAGAGGUAUAGAAGUUCCUCAAAUUAAAUCAUUUAUUUUUUCACUCACUUAUAGUGCUUAAACAAUCUGCUUUGGUUUUUCAUGCAUCAGUAUACCAGUAUAUUUGUGGAUAAAGAACUUUAACCCUAAGUCAAAUCUAUUUAGUGGAAUGGCCUACUCUGCUAUCAUUAUUUAUAUGAUUGUUUUUGUUGGAAUCAGCAGCGAACCAUUUUUUUCAUUAAAAUCAUGAUUAAAC